UGGUCGUAUAAACCUGGAAACAAAAUGAUUUCUUCAAUUCAUUCAACAAUUUCACCAAGAGAUCUGACUCUCCUCAUACCGUUGAGUUUGUUUUACUUCGAGACUGGUCAGUCAGCUUCACUCAAGCCAUUUCAGUUUCAGUGUUACGACAAUGACAUAUGUACUUGGCCGCAACAGUACUGCUCAUCUAAAGCACACGAACACAGAUGUAUCCCUUGCUUACGCAGUGUUUGCAGUCUUCAGUCUCCGCCUCUUCAAUGUCUCUAUAAUUGUUCCUUAAUUGGACAGAAAGAAAACACCACAUGUGCAGAGAUUGCCUACGAGAAAUCGGGUAAAUAUAUAUUUGUGCUUGUCGUCGUUGGACUAUGCGUGGCUUUCUCCAUAUUAGUGGCAUGUCUUAUUGCGAAAAUCUUCAAACUAAAGAAAGCGAUGACGAAAAAAGAAAAGAAAGGUGAAGAGAUGCAAAAUCUCAUCACUUCGCUCAAGCAGGAGAAGAAAGUAUCAGUCAAACAGAAAAAUGACGAGAAUAAAGUCCCAUCGCAAGAAAAUGAUUCGUGUGCCAAAAGUAGGUUGACAGACGUACCACCGACUAGAGAUUCCUCUUCACCAGGCUCAUAUAAACCGACUACUCAUUUAGAUAAACCACCUAAACCCGAACACACACAUACUUCUUCUCACCUCUAAAAGUACAUAGUUUUGUGUCUAGAGACGUUUUCACGAGUACUCUUGCUAGAGAAUCCUUCGUGAGAGACCGGCUGGGGAGGUACAAAUCAAGGGACACAUGUGUAUAAACGAUACUGUAAUACGGAUAAUGUAUUUCAUCAGUAAUCGUACGACCAACGAAAUAUAGUAUUAUAUGGCACGUUGACAAUAUAUAAUGUUGUAAUUGCAAUAAAUAAGAGUAUAUUUAUAGACUAUUUUCGAAAAUGGAAUCCCAUUUUUACCCGAUAUAAAAACCCAUAUUUACCUGAUAUAAAAACCUAUCGCGGGUACGUUACAUUUACUACCUUUACAUUAAAUUAAGCAUGACAAUGGUUAAUAUUGAUAUGCUACCUUUGAUUCAAUUCAAAGUAAAACGUUAUGCCGUUCAGUGUGUUGCCUUGCUUAUUUAUUUUGUUGAUCUGUGUCUUUCGGAUUGCUAUGUAGAUAAGUUUCAGUUUCCUUGCUUUGAUUCAGUUUGUACAUUUCCGUUAGAGUAUUGCUCAUCGCGGAAAUAUGAACGGAGAUGUAUCCCUUGUCAUAAAAGUCUUUGCAAAGAGGAUACGGUCCCACAAAGUUGUAUCUACAACUGUUCUUCGACAGAUAGGAAGUCAUUUCUCAGUCAAGUUUCCAAUCCAGCAUGGUUCUUUGUGUCUAUUGGAUUAACGGUACUGUGUGUCUCUUUGAUUCUUGUACUUGUUGUUGUUUUCUGGAAAUAUAGAGAUUUAAAAAAGAAAAAAAUUCCGGAUGAAACAUCUACUCCACUGAUAGACAAUACAAGUCUGAACAACGGUAACAACACAACCAGAGAUAUGCAGAGUAGUUACUGCGAAGAAAAACUUAAAAAUAUAACGCCAGUAUCAGAUGUUCGGGAGAAUGAGACAGACCCGUAUAUACCAACAACAUAUAUGGAAAAGACACCACAGACUGAGGACACUUCAAAGCGUUAAAGAAACGACAUAUGCCUAAUUACACAUACGGUCAAUGUAUAGGUAGUGGAGAAUACAAUCAAAGCCUGUACUAUAACGUGCGUGCAAGAUAAUUUCUACCAGCUUUAAAGGCGUACACACAGACGAACAAGAUAUACGAGCUGUAGUUUAAAUAUUUUUGGAAAUUCCAAUCGUGGAAAUACAAUUUUGAAAGAAAAAUAUAUGUUAUUUAUUACAAUUUGAUGAUAGGUAUUUUGUUUAUCGUUGCAUGUAUUUGUUAUUCAAUAAAUCUUCAAUAAAUAAUCAUAAUUCUA